AUGGUAUUAAGCUUCUUUGAUCAAUUCAUAAGCCCUUCCUACCUAGGGAUCCCCUUAAUAGCCCUCGCGCUCAUUCUUCCUUGGACAUUAUACCCUAAACCCACAUCUCAAUGAAUCAGCAACCGAGUGCUAACCCUCCAGGGCUGAUUCAUUAAUCGAUUCACACAACAACUUAUGCUCCCGCUAGGCCGUAAAGGGCACAAAUGGGCACUUUUAUUAACAUCUUUAAUAGUCUUCUUAAUUACCUUAAAUAUGCUAGGCCUUCUCCCUUACACCUUCACCCCUACUACUCAACUUUCCCUAAAUAUAGGUUUUGCCGUCCCCCUAUGACUUGCAACAGUGCUGAUUGGAAUGCGCAACCAACCUACCAUCGCCCUGGGCCACCUCCUCCCAGAAGGCACCCCCACCCCCCUAAUUCCAGUACUGAUUAUUAUCGAAACAAUUAGCCUUUUUAUUCGUCCCAUCGCCCUUGGUGUUCGACUCACUGCCAACCUAACAGCAGGGCACCUCCUUAUUCAACUUAUUGCCACCGCUGCAUUCGUCCUAGCUCCCCUAAUGCCUACAGUUGCAUUACUAACCGCAACACUCUUACUACUACUAACCCUCCUGGAGGUAGCUGUGGCUAUGAUUCAGGCCUACGUCUUUGUCCUGCUUCUAAGCCUGUACCUUCAAGAAAACGUCUAA